AAAGAUGGGAGAAAAGGCUGAACCUACCGGGAUUAAAUAUCCUCCUUCAGAAUUCAGUCAAAAAUAUUCAAGGAUCCUGGCUCCGAACGGAGUCCUGGUGUCUCCGGAGAAAAUGUUCGGAGAAGGGAAACCCUUCGGUCCAGAGAUAGAGGAGAAAACAAAACUUGCUUUCAAGGUGACUCUGAAGAAACUUGAUAAAUUAAACCCAAUCACUGAACAAAAUAAACAUAUUCUAAAGAACGAGAAGAUUGACCAGAUAGUUGAAUGUUUCCCCGGCGCGCUACCGAAGAAUUUACCGGAAAUUCUGGGGAAAACCACGUGGGGUCGACCCCCACAGGAAGUCAAGGACUGGAAGGACUGGUGGAACUGCCACAAAGACGUUCUAAAAGCCCUGGAGAUUCAAACUGGUCUCAUCAAACAAUGGUGGAAGUAUAUAGACAGAGCCUAUCCAGGAGAUGAGGAAAUACUUGAAAGUUUAAAAAGAUUGAUUUCCGGAGUUAUUACACAUCCGCUCACCAUAGGAAAGGUGAUUUCUACCCAUGUUGGGAAGAAAGGAAAAGACAAGGCCAAGUCUAUUCAUAUGGUUGGAACAGACCGACCUGAGGCCACGAUGAUUUAUUCUGGAUUUUUCACUGAGAUUCUGGCCGUCAAUCCAACCAACCCGAUAAAGCUGACCCUUGUAAGUCCUGACCCAGCUAACCAGCAGCUAGCACAGGAUUGUUCCCCUUCUUCUCCUAUGCUGAUCCAUCAGAGAUGUAAACUUACAGCUUGGGAUGGAUUAUAUCAUGAUUUCUGGGAUAGGUUUGUAGAAAAGAAGAAGGUUGAGAAACCUGAUGUAGUUCUUGGGAUUCAUCCUGGCCUUCACGCAGAGGGUGUUUAUGAGUUCUGGGAACCAACUCUUGAGCUUCUCUUGGAUCAGAAUAUAGUUACAGUUUUUACAUUCUUUAGCAGGGAAGAGUAUGAGUCCUCGUUACUAAGGUUUGAUGACCUUUUCGUCAAAUAUAUUUCAAAGGAAUCUAAUCUGUUUGGUUCUCAACACUUGAAGCAAACUCCUCAUAAUCCUGAACUAAUGUGGGCCAGUAAUAUGUAUUCAGUCGCAUUUCAGGGCAGGACCGUUGACAUGAAAACUCUAACUCUGAUCGAGUAAUCAAUCAAUAAAUCAAUCAAUCAAUGAAUGAAUCAAUCAAUAUCAGAAAUCUUUAAUAACUGAAACUUUUGUGUUUAAUGUAUUCUCUAAUUCCUUUUCUAUAAAACUAAAAUAAAUGAUUUUAUCGGCA